AUGGGUUCUAUCGGAGUUGAAGUAUCCCAUGAUGGCGAUACCAACCGCGACUUCUUUGAAGUUGACGCGGAAAACGCCCAUCUCUCCGAAAUUCCGGCCAAGGCAACAUUGGAACCAACGGCAAUUAUGGGGUCUCGCAGCAAUGGCAAUUCAAGCCAAAAUAGCGCGAUAGAUGACUCUGUAAAUACAGUACCGAUUGCCAUCGUGGGAAUGGCCAUGAGACUUCCAGGAAAUGUACGCUCGGGAGAAGACUUCUGGGAUCUCCUAUGCAGCAAGAGGGAUGUGGGCAAGGAUAUCCCCGAAGAUCGUUUCAACAUUGACGCCUUUCAUAGCUCUUCGAAUAGUCGCGGGAUUAAGACUAGGCGUGGUUUCUUUCUAGACCAGACCUUAGCUGAUACGGACCCUUCUGCUUUUGGUAUGGCAAAGACCGAAGCGAUGCAGAUGGACCCUCAACAAAGGCUGCUCUUGGAAGUUGUGUUCGAAGCAUUUGAGAAUGCCGGUGCAACUGACUUGCAUGGAAAGGAUAUCGGCUGUUUUGUUGGAACUUUUGGGGAGGAUCAUUUGGAACUUUCACUUCGAGAUCCUCUAUCAAUUGAUAGAUAUCACGUUUUCGGCUCAGAAGACUUUGCCCUCUCAAAUCGGAUUUCUCAUGAAUAUGACCUCCGUGGUCCUAGUGUAACAAUUCGAACCGCUUGUUCGGCAUCCAUGACUUCCUUACACGAGGCCUGCAAUUCAGUCUCUUCAGGAGAAAGCUCGGCGGCUAUUGUUGCGGGCUCGAACAUGAUAAUGGCACCCACCAUGACCGAAGGCAUGUCUGCAAAUAUGGUGCUCUCCCCAGACGGAGAAUGCAGAACUUUUGAUGCGGAUGCAAAUGGGUACGCUCGCGCUGAAGCUGUGAAUGCAGUUUACAUCAAGAAGCUAGAUGAUGCUAUUCGAGACGGCGAUCAUGUCCGUGCCGUCAUCCGCUCAACCAUGGCAAAUAACAAUGGAAAAACGAAGAAAUUAGCUGUCCCAAGUUCAAUGGCUCAGGAAAGAUUGAUUCGAAGGACUUACCAAAGGGCUGGAAUUGCCGAUCCUUCCAGGACAGGCCUGUUUGAGUGCCACGGGACUGGUACUCAGGCUGGUGAUCUUGCGGAGGCAGAAGCCAUCGCAAGGAUCUUUGGCACAAAAGGGGUUCAUAUGGGCGCUGUCAAGUCAAACAUAGGCCAUUCCGAAGGCGCGUCUGGACUUACCAGCAUCAUCAAGUCUGUUCUUUGCUUAGAACAUAAAGCAAUUGCUCCAAACAUGCGCUUCCAAACCCCAAACCCAAGAAUCCCUUGGAAGGAGGCCAAUCUACAGGUGGCAGAAGAUGUGAUUCCUUGGCCCGAGAGCCGCGAGGAAAGAGUGAGCGUAAACAGCUUUGGGAUUGGAGGGUCAAAUGCUCAUGUUAUCUUGGAAUCUACGUCGCUUCAUCAAACGGCAGCACGUGGUAAUACCGAAUCCCUGAAACAUGAUUCUCCAAAGCUAUUGGCUCUAUCCGCAAUGAAUCCAAAUUCUUUGCAAUCCAGGACGCGACUUCUGCAAAAUUACCUUCAGAGCCGAGAGGUAAAUACUCAGGACUUGGUUCAUACCCUUGGAACUCGGCGCCAGCACUUGCGACACCGUGCAUUUGCAACCUUUCAAGGAACACAGAUCGAUUCCAAUGCUCUGAAGUACCAGAUUGCUCAUGCGCCCGGUGCACCAGUGGAAUCUCUUACCUUUGUCUUCCCGGGUCAGGGGUCCCAGUGGCCAGGUAUGGGGAAGGAACUCUUCGCCUCAUUCGAUGUGUUCCGAGAAAGCAUUCGACGCCUGGACCAAGUCCUAAAAGGUUUAACCCAGCCACCCAUUUGGUCCAUAGAAGAAAAAAUCACCACAGUUGGUGACCCAUCCUGCUUUUCCAGGGCUGAAUUUGCACAACCACUGUGCGCUGCAGUUCAGAUUGGACUUAUCAAUCUGCUUUCUUCGUGGGGUGUCAAACCAAAAGCUGUAAUUGGACAUUCCAGUGGCGAAAUAGCUGCAGCAUACGCGGCAAGCGCCAUUACUCAAGAUGCAGCUAUACUGAUUGCGUAUUGCCGAGGCCAAGCUACAAAAGCCUAUCUGCAGCCUGGUAGCAUGGUGGCUAUUGGGCUAAAGAAGGAGGUCGUUCAACACUUUCUUGAGCUUGGUGUUUGUGUUGCAUGCGAAAAUAGCCCGCAAAACGUUGUCAUAUCUGGCGAUCAGGAUGCUAUCGCCCACACUGUGGAUCUGAUCAAAAGUGAGCAUCCGGAUGCAUUCAUUGGCUAUCUCAAUGUAGAAACAGCCUACCACUCUCAUCAUAUGGCAGAAGUGGGCCCCGAAUUGGAGAAAAUGCUUCAAUCUCAGUUCCGCUUCGACACUCCCAAAAUUCCAAUGUAUUCUACUGUUCUUGGUAGAGCAUUGACUAAAGAGGAUCAGUUGAAUGCGCACUACUGGAAGCAAAAUCUAGAGUCCCCAGUCCUCUUUUCAACCGCUGUUUCGGAGGCCCUUCAGGCCAUGAGCCACGGAGUCUCUUGCUUUGUCGAGGUUGGACCUAACUGUACCCUUUUGGCUCCUAUCAAACAGACUGUCCGGGCCCAAGGCCUCAAAUCUCAGCCGCGCUAUGUGCAUACCCUACAGAAGGAUCAAGACCAAGCAAUCAAUAUCCUCGAGGCCGCUGGUAAUUUGUUUUUAAAUGGGGUUCCCAUCUCAUUUGAAACUAUAAAUGGCACCGGAAAUUGUUUAACGGAUCUUCCACCAUAUCCUUGGGAUUACAGUAUUCAACAAUGGAAAGAGAGCCGCGUCUCUAAAGAGUGGCGUCUCCGAAAGUUUCCGCAUCAUGAACUUCUCGGGUCUCGGGAGAUGGGGUCAAAUGACCUUGAGCCCUCUUGGAGAAACAUACUUUCGCUUGAAAACAGCCGCUGGCUCUGUGACCAUAAAUUUUCCGGCGCAAUUGUGUUCCCUAGCGCUGCGUAUAUCGCUGCAGUUGCUGAAGCCGUCCGUCAGAUUUCAAGCAAAACCGCGUACUCAUUUCGUGAUAUUUUUAUCAAGAACGCACUAUUUCUAGAUGAAGAUCAUGACGUGGAGGUUAUAACUGUUCUCAGACCAGUUAAGUUGACAGACAUUUUGGACUCGGAGUGGUUUGAAUUCUCCGUCAGUACAUAUAAUGGAAAGGGCUGGACUAAGCACUGCACUGGACAAGUCAUAGGAGUUGAAGGCCCUGUGCGCUCUGAAAUCCAACAUGAAACAUAUCAUCGACAAGUUAACUCUCCUACCUACUACGAAUCAUUGAGAAAAUCUGGCCUUGACUAUGGACCGCACUUCCAAGGUCUGGAGAACAUUACGGCCGACCCAAAUAAUCGAAGAGCCACAGGGAAUCUCACCAGCGGAGUGGAUAUCGAUGAGCUGGAAACAUAUGCCAUUCAUCCAACAAUAAUUGAUAAAGCUCUGCAACUGAUCGGAGUAGCGGGUACUCGGGGUCUUGCUCGUGCGGCCGACAAGAUAGCUGUCCCAAUCUCCUUUGAAAGGAUAUACCUGGCAUCCGCUGGUUUGCACGAAACUUUUGCGACUGCGAUUUGUACCAGUGCAACGGACGGGAAUGUUUUCGGCGACACAUUUGCACACUCCAACAAUGAAUCAUUACUCGAGAUCCAGGGUGUAAGGUUCUUCGUAGUGGAGGACACAGAAUCUGUGCUUAGUGGUUCAUCUAAUGCCAUCUGGUCCGCUCAUACGGACUGGAAGCCCGAUAUCGAGUUCCUUCCGAUGUCCACACUCUUGCCCCCGCCAAUUCGCUUCGACCCAAAGCUUUCCAGAUAUUAG